AUGGAUGUCUCGCAUCCGGAGCUGCUGUGGAUCGUCAUCACUUCGGGUAUAGUGAGCGGAUUCUUGGCAUUGGCAAUUGGCGCAAACGAUGUUGCUAAUGCGUUCUCUACGUCUGUGGGAAGUGGCUCGCUAAAACUUCGCGGCGCUAUUUCUAUUGCAGUUGUCUUUGAGAUUCUUGGUGCCAUUCUACUGGGAGGGUCUGUCACCGACGCUAUACGGACAAAGGUGCUGAACUUCGGUGCGUUCAAAGAUGCUCCCCAGGAUCUGGCAAUGGGUAUGAUGUGCGCAACCGCCAGUGCAGCGAUUUGGUUGUUAUUUGCCACCUUGUCAGGGAUGCCUGUCUCUACGACACACUCUAUUAUUGGGGCUCUCGCAGGGUUCGGCGUAGCUUCAGGUCGUGUGAAUAGCGUUAGGUGGAUGCAAAUGUUCUACAUCAUGCUUUCAUGGAUCGGUGUGCCCCUGCUUGCUGUUGCAGUCAGCUGCACUAUGUACCUGUUGCUGCAAGAAGCUAUACUGAAGAGGAAGAAAUCAUACAAGGUACUGUAUUGUUCGCUCUGGCUUCUGCUCGCCAUCACGGCGAUCCCGCUAGUUGUAUUUUUGGCGUUCGAAACACCGAUCAUGAAGGUUAAGGCCGAAGAGGGGCUAUUGCAUGAUUACCAACAAUGGUUCAAUGCAUCUAACGGCAAUAAAGCCGCCGUUGUUGUCAUAAUAAUGACUUGUUUCCUUGCGAUAACAGUCCCGUUUGUAUAUAUCUGUGGAUCCAUGCGAAAUAAAGCUGGGUGGUCAUUUCUGGAAAAUCAGAAUGACACAAACAAAGAAUUGGGAGUGAAACGCAACUCACCAUCAAGGCAAAUAUCUUCAGAAGGAAGGUCUCAUUCGAUGGAACUGAAAGUAGGAAGAAGCAAACUUGAGAUCGUCGAUAUAUCAAACAUUGGUACCUCGCGGUCUGCCUACGAAACGUUGUUACAAAGCGCUAUAGAUGAUGAGGAAAGAACUCAACAAGUUGUGGAAAAUGCAAAGCAAACGGAUAACCAUAAGACUGAGGUCAUGUUCUCAGCGAUGCAAGUUAUAGGUGCCGUCACCGUCAUCAUAUCCCACAGUGCAAACGACACGGCGAACGCUGUGGCGCCAUUCGCGACUGUGUUGAUGCUAUAUAUGCAUGGGGUGGAAAAGAGCAACGAUUUUACGCCGUGGUACAUUCUGCUUGCUGGGGGCCUAUGUAUGGCCUGUGGCCUCGCGCUGUUCGGAUACAAGGUAAUCAAAACUGUGGGACUGAAACUUACUCGGGUGACCCCCUCGAGGGGUUACACGAUCGACACGACGGCAGGCAGCAUCGUGCUCAUUCUCAGCCAGUUGGGAAUACCACUGAGCUCUACGCAUUCCACUGUUUCGAGCAUACUAGGGGUAGGACUUGUGGAAAACCUGAAGACACAGGAGCUCCACGACGAAGUACCAGUAAUUGAGCUGAAGCCUCCGUCACAUAAGAUUUGGGCGAAGUUCCCUAUUCUCAAACGCAUUACUACAAAUGGCGUUAACUUGAUGUUGUACCGAAAAAUUUUCGUUACUUGGAUCACAACGAUAUUCUGCAGUGGCAUAAUGUCGGCGAUCAUCUACAUCGUGGUGAUAUUCUGCCAUAAGCUCAUUUCCGGUAGAGAUGGCACACCACCAAUGUAA